CUGCUCUGCCAGUGUAACAUCUGCAUUUCUGGAGAAUGAAUAUCUAGCUGACAAGAACGCUGUUAUUUUUUUCUCAGCUGGUUCUCAGCACUAUAAGAUAAACUUUGCAGGUCUUUUUCCUCCUGCAAAUUUUCUCCAAUGCUACAGAACUUGAGCAACAUGGUCCAAACAAAUUUGCUCUUUAAAACACAAAGAAAUGUUAUUCGACUGCCAAAACAUCUGUUACCUGAAGGUGGACAAGACAGAAGCCAAAACACGACUCUAUCUUGUUCUGUCUAUCCUCCACAAUGGGACCAGUCUGCACUACCUGACAUUGGGUUCAAGUUGGUACAGCUCAGCUUUGAUUCCCACGAAUAUGGAAAAAUCAAAAGGCUGUUUGAAAAGACGAUGAAAGAUUAUUGCAUCAUUCAACUUCAGAGGAUCCAGAACCCAACACUUUGGGAACUUUUUCAGUGGCAAAAAGAGAAGAUGAAGAAGGUCAAUAAAUCAAAAAGGGUGGAUGAGCGGCUCCUGUUCCAUGGGACAAAUCCAUCCCACGUGUCUGCCAUCUGUGAGCAGAACUUUGACUGGAGGCUCUGUGGGACUCAUGGGACAAUGUAUGGAAAAGGAAGCUACUUUGCCCGAGAUGCCAGCUAUUCUCACGAAUACUGUUCCUCUCGCAGUGGUCGCUACACCAUGUUUGUAGCUCAAGUUCUUGUUGGAGACUUUGUUCAGGGAAACUCUGAAUACUGUCGCCCUCCAGCCCGAGCCGGCAAUUCAAACAGACUUUAUGACAGCUGUGUGGAUGACCCAAUAGACCCUUCCAUCUUUGUCAUCUUUGAGAAGCAACAAAUUUACCCUGCCUAUAUCUUGGAGUACAGCAUUGAGACCCAGUGUGUGGUCCUGUAAUGAAUGGUGGAAUCUCCUUUGAAUUCACAUUGAAUAAAUUACUCUUUAUUAAUUCUUUUUUAA